AACGUGGGUGACCUGUGAUUUGGGGAUUCCAGCCACUGCGUCGAGCACCUUCUGCAGAGCUGUUUGCUGCCCAGGAGAGCUGGGAUGUGCUCCUUGUCCCAUCCUUAAUCCCAGGAAAUGCAGUGCAUACAGCACUCUGCACGUCUGCCAGGAGUGACAGCUGUGACGUGGGAUGCCAUGGCCAGCUCCUCGGACAGUGAUGAUGACGGGUUCAUGGCCGUGGAUGCAGAGGACGCCGUGGUGGAAGGGACGAUGGAGCAGGAGGAUGAGCCCCACGCCGAGCUGGAGGUGGAGGAGCCCAGGCCCAGCUCCAGAUCGAUGCUGGAGCUGCCAGAAGAGGUUUUGGAAUACAUCCUGUCCUUCCUCUCUCCCUACCAGGAGCACAAAACAGCUGCCCUUGUCUGCAAACAGUGGUAUCGACUGAUCAAAGGUGUGGCCCAUCAGUGCUACCACGGCUUUAUCAAGGCAGUGCAGGAAGGGAACAUCCAGUGGGAGAGCCGCACUUACCCCUACCCUGGCACCCCCAUCACCCAGCGCUUCUCACACAGUGCGUGUUACUACGACCCCAACCAGUCCAUGUACGUGUUCGGGGGCUGCACGCAGAGCAGCUGCAACGCCGCCUUCAACGACCUCUGGAGACUGGACCUCAACAGCAAGGAGUGGAUCCGGCCCCUGGCCUCAGGUUCCUACCCCUCUCCCAAGGCUGGGGCCACGCUGGUGGUCUACAAGGACUUGCUGGUGCUUUUUGGGGGGUGGACCCGGCCGAGCCCUUACCCCCUGCACCAGCCCGAGAGGUUCUUCGAUGAGAUCCACACCUACUCCCCCUCCAAAAACUGGUGGAACUGCAUCAUGACCACCCACGGCCCCCCUCCCAUGGCAGGACACUCCUCCUGUGUCAUCGAAGACAAAAUGAUCGUUUUUGGGGGCUCCCUUGGAUCCCGACAGAUGAGCAACGACGUCUGGGUGUUGGAUCUGGAGCAGUGGGCUUGGUCCAAGCCCAGCAUUUCGGGGCCCAGCCCUCACCCACGCGGGGGCCAGUCCCAGAUCGUGAUAGACAACGAGACCAUUUUGAUCCUGGGAGGCUGUGGGGGUCCCAAUGCACUGUUCAAAGACGCCUGGUUGCUGCACAUGCAGGCCAACCCCUGGACGUGGCAGCCGCUCAAGGUGGAGAACGAGGACCACGGAGCCCCAGAGCUGUGGUGCCAUCCUGCCUGCAGGGUGGGACAGUGCGUCGUGGUCUUCAGCCAAGCUCCCAGUGGGAGAGCCCCGCUGAGCCCCAGCCUCAACUCCCGCCCAUCUCCCAUCAGCGCCACGCCGCCCGCCCUGGUGCCUGAGACGCGGGAAUUCCGCUCCCAGUCUCCCGUCAGGAACACGGACGAGGCUCCCUGCGUCAACGGCCGCUGGGGCACCCUGCGGCCCCGCAGGCAGACGCCGUCGGGCUCGCGGGAGGGCAGCCUGUCCCCAGCCAGAGGGGACAGUUCCCCGGUGCUCAACGGCGGCACCAUGUCACCUGGAGCGGCGCCGCCCGGCGGGGCCUCCCUGGACAGCCCCGUGCAAGCCCUGUCCCCCAGCACCCCCUCGGCCACCGAGGGAUUCGACCUCAAGGUGGGGCCGGCCCUGGCGCCACGCCGGGGCUCGCUGCCAGAGCAGAGGGAUCUGCGCCUGGCCUCCGUGGAGCUGGGCUGGGAGCAGAAGCCCACGUCCCUCCUGUGCCAGCUGGACGGCGCGGAGGGCAGGACAGCGGGCACGCGGAACCCCCCGGAGCACACCAACGGCAUCCACACCCCGCCCCACGCCGCCCUGCCCGGGGCCGUGUCCCCCAGCGCACUCCGCCGCAGCCUCGAGGCCGUCAAAGCCCUCUCCUCCAAAGCCGCCUCAGCCUCGGCCGCGCUGAGCCCUCCCCUGGCCUCAUCCCCGGGGUCCCCGGGCGCUGAGCCAGGCUCCAUGAGGCCGAGUGCCACCCAGGGCGAGGGUCACUCGCUGCCCCCCAUCGCCCGGCGCCUCGGGCACCACCCGCCGCAGUCGCUGAACGUGGGCAAGCCGCUGUACCAGAGCAUGAACUGCAAGCCCAUGCAGAUGUACGUGCUGGACAUUAAGGACACCAAGGAGCAGGGACGAGUCAAGUGGAAAGUGUUCAACAGCGGCUCUGUGGUGGGGCCGCCCGAGACCAGUUUACACACGGUGGUGCAAGGCCGAGGGGAGCUGAUCAUAUUCGGUGGCCUGAUGGACAAGAAACAAAACGUCAAAUAUUACCCCAAAACAAAUGCCUUGUACUUUGUGCGAGCAAAGAGAUAAUGCGGCUCCCGCCCGCCGCUCAUCCUUCCAUCCCUGCGGCUCUUCCUCCUCCUUCCCCAGCCCCUUCCCAACACACAGGCGUUCAAACUGUGAAUUAGGGAGCAGGAAACCAAUAAAAGUCCAAGCAAACCCUCCAGCGCUGCCCCGGCAGUUCCCAGUAAGACCCCAGGCGAGUGAGUCGUGUUUACAGGCGGGGAAGGACCCGAGGAUCCGAGGCUUUGGGGUGAGCAGCCGGGGAAUUCCUCUGCUGCAGCCAGGAUCCUCCUGGGUUUAUUCUCUAGGUGUUUGUGAAUCUCAGUCUCUCCGAAAUUCCUCGUGGGUUGUGAGUAGAAGUGGUUUUAUAGGAAUAACCCAAAGUGCAGCAGGCAGGAGGCUGUUAGCUUGAUUAAUUCCAUGCUCGACUCCGUCAGAAAAACAGCAAUAUCCCUCUGGGAAUCUCCCAGCGCUGCCAACCUUUGCUCAACACAAACACGAUGCCUUUUUAUUUUGCCUCUCACCUGCCGCUCUUGUCUCUGUCCUCCAGGCAGGACCAAAAGAAGGAGGAAAGGACAUUUCUUUGUGUCAAAAUGCCAAAAAUCUUGAUUAUUAGCAUCCUUCCUCUCCCUGCCCUGCUGGAUCAGGCUUGGGGAUCAGCCCUGAUCCCCUCUGACCAGCAAAAAUACUCUGAAAAUCCCAUUAUUCCCCAAAUGGAGAUAUUUGGCUGCCAAUUCCCUUCUAGACUUAAAGGUUUCAUUUCAUUCAAUGGCCCAAACCGUUCAAGGCUGAAGCAGCCCCUUGGAGCCCGGGAGCAGGGUGGGUUUUCCAGGGAAAAGGACAGAUACUGGUAAAUGUGAGGGCAGCCUCGAUGCAGUAACUUCACCUCAUCUUUGCACGUGCCUCCUUCCGCAAAGAUUAAAUCCAAAUCCGAAGGGAUUGAACCUGUGCGUCCUUCUGGGACAACCCCUCCUUCCCUGUCCCCUCCAAGGGGGGGAAAUGGGGCGGAUUCUGCCAGGUUUUGGUCAACAACCUCUAGCACCCUAAGACCAGGGAGCCCUCCCCAAGCCGGCAGUGCCAUGACGUGGUCCCUUCUUCCCGAAAUUUUUCUUCUCCAUUCCCACUGAGCUUUCUGCCGGUUGGAGCCUUAAAUCCCAUCCCAGCCGCGUGGGAACGGGGAGGGAUUUGCUUCACCCGCGGCAUUUCCACCUCUGUAAAUAAACCCCUCGUCAAAUCCCACCUCUCCCAUUCACCCCAGAACGAUUUGAUUUGUCCUAAGGGAAAGCAAAAUGCAAUUUUUCCCCCCCACAAAAAAUCUCCAGACCUCAGGAGCACCUUGGGUGAGCUGUGGAAUUUUGGAAUUUUCCUUCUCCACACGUGGCCGCGGGGAAGGCGGUCAAGGCUUCGCCAUCGAUCCCCAUGUCCCCUUUGCAUGUUUUUUGUCAUCCAUCCCCAAAAAAGAGUCAAAGCCGGGGAUGGAUGGCGCCUUGAUGUCCUUCUCCCUGUGGAGCAUCCCUCCAGGGGCGCUCUCCCAGUUUACAUCCUGUCCCGCUCCCGGGGUUCCCCUCUCGGGGUUCCCCGCCGGGAGAUGCAUGUUCUGUGCCCUUCAGAGAGAUUCAGCCCAAAUUUGGGUCCCUGUCCCCGAAUCCCACGGGAGCUGCUGGUGCUGUGAGCGAGGUGUCCCCCCCACCCACCGCGACUCAGGUGUCCCCCCUGUCACUCCCGGGCCGAGCGCAGCAAUGGGAAGCGAUUUCGGUGAUAUUUAAAAUCUUGUGUACAUUUUGGGGGGGUUCAUGGGGAUCCCUCCCCCCCUUCCCAAUGAAUUUUUAGUGGUUUAACAAAUAAAAAGGAAAAGAAAUG